AUGUGGAAGAUUUUCGGAUGUGUCCUGGUGCUGCUGACGCUCGGCGUAAAUAGGGCUCACAGCGUGAAAUGCUACAGCUGCUACACGCACAACAAUUACGACGACUGCUCCAGGCCCGAAGUCAACCAGAUUUCCCUGAUGAAGUGCGACACGGCGGCUCUGGAGCAAACCAGGAAAUUCGCGCAGCACAUGGACGAAGGUUACGCGAAAUUGUUUGAAGUUGAUAUCUCCGAAACGCCGCCGGUAUUGGCUUGCCUCAAAUUAGUCACUAAAGUUAACGGCAAGGAUCACUACCUGCGGGGUUGCCAGUUGGCCGAGCAAGGAAACCUGGAUAUAUGUAAAAAGGUUAGGGAAACGAACACCAGAUUGACUCAAACAGUGGCGUGCAUAAAGUGUUCGACGGAGGGGUGCAAUUCGAGCGGCGACUUCAGGGCAAACGCGGCUUUAGCGAUACUUUCUUUGUGUUUCUUGGAAGUAAUUUAUAGAAUUUUUUAA